GCAUUAAAUGUCACCGUCCUAGCCUCUUCGAUUGUAGAACUUUGCAGAGUGACUCUUCAACAGAACAACACAGAACAUUGUCCAUAUCACUUCGAAACAACAAUAAUGGGUGGAGGCGACUUGAAUUUGAAGAAAUCAUGGCAUCCAAACACCAUGAAAAAUCAGGAGAGAGUUUGGAAAGCUGAACAGGCCGAUGCAGCGGAAAAGAAUAAACUCGCUGAACUGCAACGCGAAAUAUCAGAUGAACGUGACCGUGAGGAACUGAAACGGAUCGGUCAAAUGUCAGGUGUAUUAUCGGCUCCAGAUUCGAACAAAAAACUCGAGUGGAUGUACAAAACGUCCGGCGAACUGUUAAAUCGCGAAGAAUAUCUACUCGGACGGACGAUUGAUAAGAACUUUGAACGCGUUGAGGCAGAGGAAAAGGAGGCAUUGGUUGGUGUUCAAGUACACAAGAAUCAUGUUGAACAUGAGUGCAUCCCGUUUUCGAUACGUUCGUAUCAUGGCGUCCAAAUGAGCGAUGAACAGGUGGAUCUGCAACGAAAGAUAAUGGAGGAUCCGCUGAUGGCAAUCAGGCAACGAGAAAUGGAAACUAGGAAAAAAUUGCUAGAAAAUCCAGUAAAACUGAAGGAAAUCCAUCGAUUGCUUCGAAGCGAUAGCGACCUAGGUAAAUCGAAGAAGGGCAAAGACAGGAGAUCUUCAAAGAAAAAGAAAAAAGACAAAAAAUCGAAGAAGAGCUCAAAAAGUGACUUGGACGAAAUCUUAGCCAAAAAAUACCGAAAAAUUCGAAAAGAAACUCUGGAUGAUCAGGACGAAGGAAAUCUGGACAUGGACAAAUUCUUAGCGAUGAAAUAUCACCAAUUGUCCAACGAAUUGGAUAAAAUGAGCGGUAAAACCAGUAAGUCAAAGAAGAAAAGUUCAAAAGCCGAUGUCGAUAAAAGCGAACGACAGCACGACCGCGAUCAACGGGACAGAAAUGAUAUGGAUUCAAGAAUGGACAGGAGACCAAGAAAUGACGAUUACAAACACCAAAGGAAUCGUUCUCGCAGCCCUCAACAGAGAAGAGAGCAGCGUAGAUAUUCGCCAGUGAAACGAAAUAAUCGAUCAAGGUCCGGUUCGACACAGCGAAGAGAUGGCGAUACGUACAGCCGACAACGAGAUGACAGAUUUAAUCGAGAUAGAAAUCGACGAUCACCAAGCUAUGACCGAGAGAGUAGAAAUAGGCGUCAGCGAAGUCCAGAUAGGUCAGAAAGAAAUAGGAGAUCGCCAAGUAAGGAUAAGAACAGAAGCACUCGACGACAGGUGAGUCAAGAUAGAGACAGACAUGCUCGCAGAUCACGGAGCGAUGAUCGAAACAGAAGAAGUCGAAGAUCACCAAGCAAGGAACGCACUAAUAGGCGAUCAAGAUCUCGAAGCCGGAGUCCAGAUGCAGGAAAGAAAUAUCAAAGCUCAACCUCAAGGCAGAAAUCGCGUUCCCAAUCCACAAAUGACGAAAGAUCGUCCCAACGAAUUCCAAAAGUCGCUUCUCACAUUACUAAAUCGGCUAGAAGUUCGUCCAGUAGUUCAUCAAGUUCGUCAAGUAGUUCCGCCAGCGAUGAUUCAGCUGAUUCGCAGCGUCGGAAAAUGGUAUAUGGUCUUGUGUCCGCUGACGGUAAGAAGAUCGAGUUGAAAAAUAAGUACCAACCAACCGAAAGAAAGGACAGUGAAAAGGUGACAAAGAAAGUAAUCCAGGCGAAACCGAAACGGGUGGAACUCACUGACGAGGAGAAAGAACGAAAAUUGAUGGAAAUGCAGGAAAAUGCCAGAAUGCGGGUCAUCGAAUGUCAACAGAUAAUGGAGCGAAACAAGAAGGAGAAAAUGGCCGAAGAGACUCAGCUGAGCCAGACAUUCGAUAAAGACUAUGUGAAUAAAGAGAUGCGGAAGGCCAUAGCGAAUCAGUUUACAGUUGAGAGUCGAAUUAAAUCAAAUAUCAACAACAUCCAGCGUUCCGGACGGACUAUGGAGGCAAAUUUUGCCAAAAGAUAGAAAAUUGUGUUCGCGCUGUUGUCCAAAGUGUUUGAGUUGAUUAAUUGGAAAUUAAAAAAGGAAACGAAAUUU